UUCCAUGUAGUUGAAUUUGUCACCAAUAAAUCCAUAGCAGUGGUGCCCCAAAGCUGGUACGAGGAUGGUUGUGCAUCGUGGCCAACUUAUAACAGUGACGAAAGAAUAAAUAGGGCAGUAAAACAUGGAGAGGAGCCACAGGAUGACUGGCAGACACAUGAUGUCAGAAUCAUCAAAUCAUCUGAUACUUACAUUGAGGCACGUCAAAUCCUGAAGAAGGCUCUGACAUGUAGCACCUCGGACCUCCAAACUGAGGAUGAACAGGAACGGCCUGGGAGAAGGAGAACAACAGCGAAACAUUUCUUUGGUGACACCGAUAUAGAGGAGGACUACCGACCCCCAAAGAGGUCCAAAUCCGGGUCAUCUGCUGGGACAAGUCACCAACUCCCUGCAAAUAGUCUAGAGCUCUGUCAAAUGUUUGGCAGAACUGCCCCUCCCCAACCACUACCACCACUACCACCACAAACACUCCUCUCUCAACCUGCACAAUGCAACCAGCAACAACGGGGGCCAGAGGAGCCAAGCCAGGUCUACAGACCUACCUGGAGAGGUGGGAGACAUGGCCCAGAAACCAUUCCCUGCUCUGCUGCUCAGGUCCACAUUUUAAGCCUGCUGGAGCACAUUAAGCAGCAGCAGGACCAGCUGGUGGCCAAGGUCAAUCACCUGAGCAGCAGGGUGCUCAACACCUCAACACCUCAAGAGCCAGAGUGUCCUGAAUGCAUUCAGCUGCCCAUCGAAUCACUGGAAGCGGUGGAUGAGCUUGAAGCAUUCCUGAAAGACGCUGCCAAUGCAGCAGCCAAACAAAGAAUGAUUUCUUCUUUGGCCACGAUUGGUGGCCAAGAUGUGAAGAGAGUGGCGUGGAACAUCCUCUCUCGGAUGUUCACUGAAGAAGUGGCCAAGACCAUAAGCGGGAAGGGGGCAAACGGCAAGAGGGCAUUCAGUCACAUGUCGUCAAAGACACUGCUGUACCGUGCUGUACGUGCAAAUGGUUUGUGUCGCACAGCCAUAGACACAGACAUUCAACGAUAUGCCAUAAGAUGGUUUAACUUGGCUGCAGACCGUGGUGCGGUGAGGAGGCGCCUGACCAACCGUCUAACCAGGCUUGAGGCCGAUGAUUAG